AUGGAUCUAUUCGGAAAUGUCCACCAAUCUCAUGGACCAUCUACUUGGCGUCCAGAGGAGAUGUUCGUUGAUACGCGGCAGUUUGGAUACUCUAAUGGGACGAGCGAUAACUCGAGUCGGUUCGUCAAGCUUUCACGAGCGACGCCCGACGGCGGGGCGAUUGCACGGAGCAAGGAACAUGACAAAUUGGUCGUUGUGGGACGCCAAACCAUUCGACUGAUCACGGUGACGGACACCAAGCAUCAUCUUCAAGCCGCCCAGUCGUAUGAGACGCCGCCCAAAGGGAAUGCAUCUCAAAGCCGUGCUACAGGACCAGGAGGCGCAAUUGCGGAGAUUGGGCCAAAUUAUUGGUCGACAAAGUUUCCCCCAACAAUGCUCUUGACAGACGUGACCUGGGGGCCGCAAGAGUUUUCGAACAAGAUCUUUACGAGCUGCACAAAUGGCGAGGUUCGCGUGUGGGAUUUCGGAAAGGGCGGGUUAAAGUUUGAGUCUACGCUACCUGGAGGAGGAAGAUCUGUCAAUGUCGUCAAAGCGGCUAAUUUCUCCUCAUAUUCACUCGCCACGGGGUCGACGGAUGGAUCUGUCAAACUAUGGGACCUCCGCAUGCCAACAGCACCAGCUUUCAACCUUGGAGGGCAUGGUUCGGCGGUGCGGUCCAUGACGUUUGGUCAAGUCCCCACGCAUCCGGUGCACGUCGUCUUUGGGCUCGAGGCGGGUGCGAUAUUUCGCUAUGAUCUGCGAUUGGGUAUCGCGUAUCUUGAUCGUGUUCCCGCACAUAGCAGAUGCGUCCAUGAUUUGGCGUGGCUCCCACCAACAAAAGACGAGGCAAACGUUGGUUACCUUGCAUCUGGCUCAUUUGACCAUACGGUAAAGGUCUGGAAUAUCGACUCGACGCGUAUUGGAAUGCAACCACUGCACACCAUUCAUACUCCGUAUCCUGUCGGCAAACUUGGCUGGAGACCAUUUUACGACACAGAGGUUCUUGUUAUACCAUACCAUGGCGGAUGGACGCCUGCUAAGCCCCAAGAGAAUAGUGAAACCCGCUUUGACUCAAACGAAGAACUUCCUACGAUUGAUGGACCAGUCACAGAUGUUGCUUUCAAUGAAGGAAAUGCUGCCCAAGUCGUAUACAAGUCCGGCGCUUUCGCUCAGCUAGACCUCCGCGAGGCCACUAGACCGGUGGAUACCAUUGGUCGACACGCACUCAGUUGGAAUGCCAAUUCAUCCCUCUUCUUCGUGGCUGAUCCCGUUCCCCUCUCCGAGCCUCCAUAUGACGACUUACACCCAGGAAUCUCUGCUAUGCUAGGAGACUAUGGAUUGGCAGAUAAACGGCCCGGGGAUCGCCUUGGAGUGGCGACGACUCAAGUUCUUGGAGCGCAAUUCGUCUUCCCCGAUUUGGACCGCGAGAGCUACAUGAAACUUGCUCGGGGAUAUAAUCACCACGACGAAGAUAAAGUGAGGAUGUGCAAGCGCAACGAAGAUGUGGCUACACGUGCCGGACAGCACGAAGUUGCACAAACCUGGGCACUUCUUGGCUCUCUGCUUAGCGAGUUUAAACGAGCCAAGAACGAAGAAGUUCACAGACACUCAAUCAAUCUCCCUCCAGAAACUCCUCUUUCCGCCAAUCCGUCUGCGCCUACAAAGGAGCCUCAAUCAGGUCAAAAGUCAUUCUCAAGAAGUCCCCCGAUAAUCGCUCAUCAUGGUACCACAAAUCCUAUCGAUUUCACCUUGGAUGGGGUAGAGAUACCGGCCGCGGCCACGAAGCGCAAAGGAAGUGGGGGCUCUUCCUUGUUGCUUGGAGUGAUGCCUGGCUCGCAGAGGAGGAGAGAGAGUUCGCCAUCGAUGCUCACAAAUUUGCGACCCCCUAUGCGUUCGCCGUCAUCGUCACCAAUAUCAAAACUUGCAAAGCUACCAUCAUCGAAUACUGGCGUUAAUGCUGUUGGCUCAGUCAUCAGUCGACACUUCUUGGCGAGAAGGAUGUCACGUUCGUCUAGUAGCAAUAGUCCUGGCCCCGGAGCCGCAGGAAUAGCCGAACAAAAGCAAGCUUGGAAGACCUAUGUCAACGCGGGAGAGGGUGCACUAGAAGACAGCAGCAGUGAAGAAGAGGAAGGAGCAGCUGAUGAUUCUGAUGAACGCGUCGUCCACAGCGAAGCGUCUAUGGGUGCGUCGUGGACUCAGGAGAGAAGCACGUUGACAACGCUGAAUCGCCAACAUCCGACGCUGCAUUCGUCGUCCUCGUCGAACCGGUCCUCACCUGCGAUUGGAAGCAAGAGGCUGCUUCCGUCACCGCACUUGACGAGCACCCUCACGGGCCUCCUCUCAGGUUCUAGUCCCAAAGGAACCAGUCCACAAACCCAACUAUUGGAUAUUCAAGAUGUGACAGAGGACUCUGGUGAAGAGUCUGAUGAGACGGAUGAAGACGACGAUGGCUCGCGUUCCGCAGAGUCGCGUCAGCGGCGAAGUGGUAGCUCUGAGGAUGACGGAAGAGCGGGAUCGCAGAACGGGAUCGAUGUUCCAGGUGAUUCGCGCGUCAAGUUUGAUCCCCCAAGUCCGACCUUGGCCAAGUAUACGGCGAAGAGCAACGAGUCUUCGCGUACUGCAACUAUAUCACGAGGCGGUGGACUCAGGGCGCUGACAAAGCAAGAGUCGACGAGCAGUAUGGCUACAGCAUAUCAAAUGGGCUCGGUCGAUCUCGCUACAUCACCGUCCUAUGGGGCGUCCUCUAUUACACCCACAAUGGGGACUGUGCGGAUUUCGGCUCUUGUGCGCAAAGACACAGAUCAAACUAUUAGCCUCAAUGACGUGAUAGAGUCGAGCGAGAGUAGUGCAAGGCGAGUGAAAGGGCCGGGUGACUCACCGUCCGCCAAACCUCUCUCGUUACGGAAUCUCUUUGACCCUUUGGCUGCGCCUACUAGUACGACUAGUCCGUCAGCACCCGUACCGACUCGACCACCGCUUCCUCGCACAAUGUCCCAUGGCGCAACGUUGAAUAGGGCUACGCAUGGCACGCUGAUGAGUAACAUUGCCUCAAUGGGAAGCAAUGGUCUGGAUCAAAGUAGCUUCAACUUUGGGCCAGCUACUGAUAAAGAGGAGGAGACAUCGUUGAGCCAGGCUAUCGUGCACGAUCUCGAAGAAAAGGAAAAGACCGCAAUGUUUGAUGUCGUCAAGGAUAUGCUGGAGAUGUAUGCAGAGGAGGGGAAACGUGCAAAUCUGGAGAUUGAUCCAGAGCGGUUGGAGAGCUUUGUGCUCACCUACAUGGAUCAACUUGUUCGAAUGCGACUUCAUCUCAAUGCGGCAUACGUCCGCCAAUCGGCCCCGAUACCCUCGAUUGUGGAAAGUACCGCAUUGGACGUCUUUAUCAAAGUGAACUGCGGUCGAUGCGGAAAGGGUAUCGACGCGACAAGGCCUGCCGGUGUUCCAGGACGAUUUGCGUAUUGCGAACAUUGCAAGAAAGAAGCUAUCAGGUGUGCGAUAUGUCAUCUACCCGUUCGACGAAUGCUCUUCUUCUGCCAUACGUGCGGCCACGGUGGACAUCAUCGUUGCUAUCAACAGUUUUACUCGCAACACUCGCUCAUCGACCUCCAGAAUCCUCGAUCCAAAUUUCCUUAUACACCUUAUGAGGAGCCACGUCCGGCAGUACGCCCUCAGUUCGGGCCUCGAGUGAAUUCCACUAGAGCGUCCUCUGUGGACAACUUUUCGAUGGAAGACGACCAACGGACAGACGCAGCGUCUCCUGCGCCUCGAGGUCGCAAGCGAGACGUGCGGCGUGGCAUAUCCGAAGUGGAUAGCCCCGAGACCAUACCGGAGCGCGAUGUUGCCCAGUUUUCGUCUACCGCGUCUACGAGUUCGACGCAUGGGGGGCUAUCACACAAGGAAGGGAGCAGACGCUCGCAGUCUGCGGCUGAAUCGACGAUUGUGGACGAUGACCGGCUGAUGCCUGAAGAGGAGCACAUUCUAGUGCGAGAACGGGAAGCCGAGCAGAGGCUGGCUGCGCGAAGGAAUAUGCACCUGUUUGCGCAUCCAUGUGCGGCAGGGUGUGGGCACUUUUGCUGGAUGGCAAAGGACUAA